UUCAAAGGGAUGGCUAGCAGACAGGCAUGCGAGCCUAAUUGCCUGCUCGCUCAGGUAACGCUAAUGUGGCACAUGCCGGAAUCGCUGAGAAAACAUAACGGUUCAUUAGUCACAAAGCAGAGCAAAUACUACUUACAUUUAUUUUAUUUUCCGCCGUGCUCCGCGAAAGACGCACAUAAUGCUGCUCGCACUAAUCCUCCUAAAUAUUCUUGCGACUCUCGAAGCACACAGACAGAGGAGGUACCUCGUGUACCCCGACGGCGGCCCGACCCGAGCUCAGUUUAUCAUAGGUUUAGGUAUUCCAGUGGAUCUCAAGGAACAGGCGGUGACAGUUGGAACUGUCAUUAAAUUCCAAUACUAUCUCCCCUCUAAUAGUACCGAGUACACUAGCAGAAUUUAUGGAUUUGCCGAAACAGUGUCUAGAGACAUGGACGGAAAUAGUAAUACUGAAGACAAAGAAGAUUCAGAAUCUAGGAAAAUAGCUGUCCAUGAUAACGAUGAUAAAGAAGGAUCUCAAGAAGAUGAUGUUAACGAUAACGAAGAGGGUAAAGAUUCUCAAGAAGAUUCUUUAGUUGAUAUUACUUUUAAUGAUAGAAGAAGAAGAUCGCUGAUAUACUCUGAAGGUGGUGCAGUACAAGAUAAAAAUGAGUUGACUUUAGACGAAGCUAUUAGUAGACAGGAGCUCAUAGAUCAGAAGGCGAGAGAAGAAGAGGCGGAACCGCAGAGAAUGAACAGAUGGGACUUUUACAAAAUUAUUGAACAUAUGUCAGAAAGAUACGGGUACUCGGGUCGUCCGUGCCUGCUACGCACAAUCUGCGAGGCUGCCGAGAUCCCGUUCACGUACGAACAUGGCCUGUUGGGUGAAAUAGCACACAUUCUGUUCACGCCUUCGACAACGUCAGACGAGCUGUCUCAUCACACGGAUAAUGAGUACCACGCCGCGGAGCGUCUGGGCCGCAGCGCGGACGGCAACUGCGACUCGCUGUUCCCGGAAUGCGAGUCAUCGGUGCUGGAGACUUUUACAGAAAUUGGCGUUGAUACACUGCAUAAAUUCGGACUAUAUUGAUGA